UCGUGAAGUAAUACUGAGCACAAAUUACUUGUGUCCCAAACAGCCGUUGAGUGUUCCUAUAUCAAUCCGCCAUUUCCAAUACGGCGUCGUUCUCAUCGUCACUCUCUCUCCACCCUUCAUUUUAUUACAUUACAGGGCCAAAGCAAAAACAAAAGCAAAGCAAAAAGAUUGGAUGACGAUCUCUAGAGACAGUCUUUUGAAAUUUUAGCUCUGAAAUUUGGUUGUGAGUGAAGUAGGGUUUUGGUUUAGUAAUGGCGGAGAACAAGAACCGGUGGAACUGGGAGGUGAGUGGCUUCGAGCCGAGGAAGACGUCGUCGUCGUCAUCCUCGACGUCGCCGUUCGACCGCCCCGAGGACCAGCGGCCAGCUGUUGCACCUCUGGUUCGGCGCUACUCCAUAUCUGCCACGUCCGUUUCGCCGCAUUCUCCGGAGAUUUCACGGCAGGCGCUUGCCACUAAGGUUCAGCGAUUGAAGGAUAAACUUAAGCUAGCAAAAGAAGAUUACUUGGGAUUGAGGCAAGAAGCAAGUGAUCUGCAGGAGUACUCUAAUGCAAAGCUUGACCGAGUUACACGUUAUCUCGGUGUUCUUGCUGAGAAAACCCGUAAGCUAGAUCAAGUUGCCAUCGAAACUGAAGCUAGAAUAUCUCCACUGAUCAAUGAAAAGAAAAGAUUGUUCAAUGACUUGUUGACGUCCAAAGGAAACAUAAAGGUAUUUUGCCGCACGAGGCCAUUAUUUGAAGACGAAGGUCAUUCAGUUGUUGAAUUUCCUGAUGAUUGCACUAUUCGUGUCAAUACCCGUGAUGAUUCCAUCUCCAACCCCAAGAAGGAUUUUGAAUUUGACCGAGUUUAUGGACCUCAUGUUGGACAAGCUGAGCUGUUCAGUGAUGUACAGCCACUGGUGCAAUCAGCUUUGGAUGGAUUUAACGUUUCUAUAUUUGCUUAUGGGCAAACUCACUCAGGAAAGACGCACACAAUGGAAGGAUCAAGCCACGAUCGUGGUCUGUAUGCUCGCUGUUUUGAGGAAUUGUUUGAUUUAUCUAACUCGGAUUCAACUUCAACUUCUCGAUUCAAAUUCUCUGUUACAGUUUUUGAGCUCUAUAAUGAGCAGAUAAGGGAUUUGCUCUCAGAAUCAGGAAGCAGUUUAUCAAUGGUUCGCUUAGGAACGGCAGAAUCUUUUAUAGAACUUGUACAGGAAAAAGUUGAUAAUCCAUUGGAGUUCUCUAAAGUCUUGAAAUCUGCAUUUCAAAGCCGGGGAAAUGAUGUUUUGAAGUUCAAUGUUUCUCAUUU